AUGAUCAGUCCAUUCAGCAAACCCCCAUUCCCAGUUUUCAGGAUAAACCCCAUAGGCAUCGCUACACGCAAAUACUCUGGGAAAAAGAGACUCAUCAUCGACCUGUCAGCUCCACACAACAGCAGCACACCGAGCAUUAACAGCUUGAUCCCCGUCGAGGAGUACUCGCUACAAUAUCAUUCGGUUGACGACGCCAUCACCUUGAUCAAAAAGGCAGGUAGACACUGCUGGUUAGCCAAAGCCGACAUCACCUCAGCCUUCAAGGUUAUGCCCAUCCAUCCGGAAUUCUGGCACCUCUUCGGAGUCAAGUGGCAAAAGAAGUUUUAUUUCGCAGUCCGCCUCACAUUCGGCUGUCACAGCAGUCCCAAAAUAUUCGACACGCUUUCAGAAGCGCUAUGCUGGAUUCUCCAGAAUAAUUACCAGCUCACAUUCCUUGUGCUCCUACUGGAUGAUUUUCUCGUCAUCAUCCCCCAAUCCUAUCCACCGGCCCUAGGCAUUUCCACGCUAACCGAGGCAUUCCAAAAGCUAGGAGUUCCACUCUCCGAAGAGAAAACAUGCAGUCCCGAUUAGACAUUACCAAAAGAAAAAAAAGACUGAAUCUCUUCCCUGCUGAACAGCUUUUUAACUUCUCAAUCCCACACCAAACAAGAAGUCCUCUCCCUCCUAGGCCACCUCAAUUUCGCCAUGCGAAUCAUUCCCCAGGGCCGCCCCUUCAUCUCGCAUCUUCUCAACAUCACCUCAUCAGCUCCGUCUCUCUCAGACAUCAUAGCGCUCAACGCCCAGUCUUUGCCCGAUCUCAAACUAUGUAAAAUGUUUUUAGAGGAAUGGAAUGGUCUGUGUAUGUUUUACGACGAAUGCCUUUUAUCCCCAGAAGACCUCCAGUUAUACAUCGACGCAGCCCCUUCAAUAGGCUUUGGAGGUUUCUACAAAGGGCGCUGGUUCGCAUCCUCGUGGCCACAACAGUUCACAGAGAUAACUGCUGAAAAAGAGUCUUCAGCCUUGUUCGAGCUCUACCCCGUGGUCAUCGCGUCCCUCCUCUGGGGGAAGGAGUGGACAUCCAAAAGCGUGCUAAUUCACAGCGACAAUGAAGCAGUAGUUAACGCCAUCAAUAACUCACGCUCAAAAUCCCCUGCGCUUUCUCCUCCGAUUAGGCGUUUGAUCUGGACAGCAGCCAGCUACCAGUUCUUAAUAAGAGCAGAUCACGUCCGAGGCUGCCACAACCAAAUUGCUGACUCACUCUCUCGUCUCGAUUUUCAGAGAAUCAGAAGUUUGGUUCCAGAGGCGGACCAGUACCCUACUCCACUCCCCAGCUUUUCGGAGACAAUCUUCCUGUAA